AUGAAAUUGCCACCUGUGAUGUUUCAUGAAGAACACCUUUGGAAUUUCAGUGUACUCCAAGGAAUACAUCUUUCCAACCUUGCCUUGAAACCAACAUCAUGUUGUAUUAAUGGUUUUAACUUUCUCUCUGAGGGUACAGUUGCUUAUAUUAAUUUCGGUAGGGACAGCGACUUCGCGUAUCUGGAAACUCUUUCUGUUAGUAUCAAGGGAAGGAUUUUGUUGGCUCGUUUGGGGAAGGAGUCACCUGUGGACUUGGUGCACACAUGCCUGGAAAAGGGAGCAGUAGGAAUUAUACUGUUUGCUGAUCCUGAACAGUAUCCUGAUAUUGAAAAGGGGGCCGAGCCAUUCCUGUUGCCUUCACAACUAGGAAUCCUGCAGAAAAUGCAUGGAAAUCCAGCCACAGAAGGAAUCAAUAUUACUAACUGCCUUCCACUGCAAAUCAUCAGUGCUGAAGAUGCCAAGUAUAUAUUGACUAGAAUGUCAUCCAGUGACCCUUUUCCAGAGAGCUGGAAGGGAAGUAUGAGUAUUUCUUAUCAGACUGGCCCUGAGUUCUCAUCAAACAUUUGGAAGCUUAAAAUGGAAAUGAAUAUGGUCAAUUUAAAAAAGACGUACUACAGUGUUACAGGGGCCAUCAGAGGCAGUCAUGAGCCAGAUCGUUAUGUCUUGCUUGGAAGCAGCCAUGGGUUACUUUCUGGAAAUUAUACUUUUGGUGCAAUGGCAUCCAUGAUGGAAGUAGCUCGAGUCUUCAACAUGCUCAUCUCAAAGAGAGGUUGGAGACCUCGGAGGUCUGUGGUGUUCUGUAGCUGGGGCUUCAAUUCUGUCGAUGGAAUUGUCACCCCAGUACUCCUGAACAGUGAGUGGGGUCACUCGAUGCGGCAGAGGGCAGUAGCGUAUCUGGGUGUGGACAUUUCUGUCAAAGCAUACAGAAGUCUGAGUGUUGAAGCCUCACCUUUGCUCUUCAAGACCGUAUAUAAUGCGAGUUCACUUGUGCCCAGCGUUGGUCCAGCAGAAGCCAAACCCGGCGUGAAAACUGUGUUUGAUACAUGGCUGAAGUCAGUUGAUCCAAAUAAACAAAAACUUAACAUCAUAAAGGGGGAAGGAAAUGCGCAGUCCGUUCUGUAUGAUCUUGGUGUGCCAAGUCUAAAUGUACAUCUUACCACUACAGAGGCAGGUGAUGAAGCCCUCGGACACCACAGGGAAGUUGCCCAGUUGUGGUCAGUUCUUACAUGGCUUCUUGCUGACAGUCUUGUGGUGCCUCUUGAUAUAAAACAAUAUGCGACGUUCCUGCACGAUUCUGUCAACUCAAUCCUUACACAUUACAAGAAAGAGGUGAAAGCUCGGGAUCUUUCUCUUCUUAACCUUGAAAACGUUGUACAGAACUUCACAUCGGCAGCAGAAUUGUUCCAGAACAAGAUACUCCACUUGGAUAAAUCAGAGUAUGUGUUUACAUUAUCUCAUAUUUUGUCACUAGCUGAUAGCACUACAGAAUUGUAA